AAAGAAUAUCAACAAAGUUUUGAAGCUUAGGAACUCAUAGUCUUCGAAAUGCCUGGUCCAAACAUUACCAUCCUCUAUGGCAGUGAAACAGGAACUGCUCAUGAUAUUGCAGAACAGAUUUGGAAGCGCUCCAAAAGAAUUGAUUUGAAGAGUACUGUGGAUGCAAUGGAUGAUUACAACAUAGCACACAUCGUAAAUGAGGAAGUCAUGAUUUUCGUUGCUGCUACUUCAGGUCAAGGUGAUACACCAGUAAACAUGAAGAAUUUUUGGAAAUUUCUUUUACGCAAAAAUCUGCCAACAAAAUUUUUAAGUAGUUUAAAAUUUGCUGUACUGGGAUUAGGAGACAGCUCAUUUGAAAAAUUUAAUUUUGCUGCUAAAAAAUUAAACAAGCGAUUAAUACAAUUGGGUGCAACUGAAUUAAUACCAAUUGGUUUAGCUGAUGACCAGCAUGAUUUAGGACUAGAUGCUGUUUUUGGACCAUGGAUGGAAGAUGUAUUUAAUACAAUUACCAGUCAAUUUAAUUUAUCUAAGAAAAGUAUAUAUGGAGACCAUGAGAUAGUUCAAAGAUUCAAUGUAACUGUUCUGAAGGGUGAACAGGUGCAAGAAAAUUUGAAAAAAGAUAUUUACCUUUACGAAGCUGAGAAAGACAAGCAGCUUAUUACUAGUCUGGUUGCAGAAAAUAUUAGAACAACAACAACUGAUCAUUUUCAAGACGUAAGACUGAUCAAAUUCAAAAUUCCUGAAGUGGAAUAUUCACCUGGGGAUAUUGUAUAUAUCAAAGCCAAAAAUUCUGAUGCCCAAGUAGAUAAAUUUUUCAAGGUCUUGAAUGACAAUGGUGUACAUGUAAAUCCAAAUAUAAUAAUUCAAGUAUCGAAAAAAGAAAUUAAGCUACCAGUAGCCUUAGAGCCAAAGCUAACACUAAGACAAAUUGUUCAACAGUACUGGGACCUGAGUUACAAACCGAAAAGAUCAACAAUGCACACCUUGGCAUUAAUUAGUGAUAAUGAACUUGAAAAGGAAAAACUGUUUGAGUUUACAACAACAGCAGGUCAAGAGGAGCUCUUCAAUUACAUAAAUAGACCAAGAAGAAACAUUGUAGAAGUUUUAAAUGAUUUUCCUCAUACAACCAGCAAGUUGGAUGUAAAAUUAUUGUUUGAAGUUAUGGCUCCUAUAAAACCAAGAGCUUUUAGUAUUGCAUCUAGUUACAAAUAUACCAAAGAUGAAAUACACUUAUUGGUUGCAGUUGUACAGUAUAAAUCAAAAUUAAUUGAACCUAGACUUGGUCUUUGCUCAAAUUGGCUUGCAACGUUGAAACCAGGAGACAAAGCUGUGUUUUGGAUACAAAAAGGGACUUUCAAAUUUGACUACCAGAGGCCUAUGAUUUUGGUUGGACCUGGAACUGGCAUUGCUCCAUUCAGAUCAUUGCUGUUGGAAAAAGCUAUUGUUAACUGUGACUUGAGUUCAUGCCUUGUCUUCUUUGGCUGUAGAAAUAAAGAAAAAGAUUAUCAUUGUAAAGAAGACUUUGAUAUGUUAACUAAGACAUAUAAUUUGAAAGUUUUUUGUGCCUUCUCCAGAGAUCAACCUGAUAAAAUAUAUGUACAACACUUAAUUAGACAGCAGAAUAAAGUAUGCUGGGAAUAUUUGCAGAAUGGUGGAAACAUCUAUGUAGCAGGAAGCUAACCAGUUAGGCUGUCGCCGGGAUGGGAAGGAACUGGUAGGCCCGACGACGAGCUCAACUUCAGAGGCGUCAACAUGGACCUCGAGCUGAAUCCGCCCAGAGACAGAUUGAACAUCGUGCUGCUGAUAAUGCUGCUGCACGGAAUCGGCGCUCUCAUGCCUUGGAACAUGUUCAUCACAGCUAAAAAGUACUUCGUCGAGCACAAAUUGAACAAGACCGUUAUUGGUCCCGAUUCCAAGUUGGACGAGUACUUCCUUGAAUCAGUUAGCCUGUGUGCACAAAUUCCUAACUUGAUAUUCAACUGGAUUAAUGUAUUCCUUCCUCUUGGAGGUAACCUGACAACACGAAUGGUAUGGGGGAUCUUCGUGCAGGUGAUCAUCUUCGUGGAAACCGUGAUAUUGGCAAUGGUCGAUUCUUCCUCGUGGGCACCAGUGUUCUUCUGGGUCACAAUGUCGUCCAUUGUCAUAAUGAGUACCUCUAACGGUAUUUACCAGAACUCGGUGUUUGGCAUGGCUGCGCAACUGCCGGGAAAAUACACGGGGAUCGUGGUUUUAGGAUCGAAUCUCAGCGGAGUCUUGACAUCAGUAAUCAAUCUUCUGACAACGUAUUUCGCUCCAAACCACAGAACCUCAGCGAUCUACUAUUUUAUAACGGCGCUGUUCGUGCUGCUGGCCUGCUUUGAUACCUACUUCGCGCUGCCGAUUAACCGCUUCUACCGCUACCACGAGUACCUCCAUGAAAAAGAAGCCAGGAAAAAGAAAUUGGAGUUACACGGUCGUGACGUUACUAAGCGACCACCACUGUGGACAGUUUUUAAACAAUGCGCAUUACAAUGCUUCAAUGUCUGGUUCGUCUUAUUCGUCACGCUCACCCUCUUCCCAUCGGUACAGUCCAACAUCAAACGCUCGAGCCCUGACUUCAUUGUGCCCGAAAAAUUCUAUGAUACCGUCAUGUGCUUCCUCACUUUCAACAUUACCGCUAUGCUUGGCAGUUUAAUGGCAUCUCUCUUUCAAUGGCCGAGUAAAAACUUCGUCAUCGUUCCAAUUUUAAUGCGUGCUGCCUUUAUCCCACUGUUUUUAAUUUGCAACUACGCUCCAGCUAAUAUUGUCCGAACACACGUAUACAUCAACGAUGAUUGGAUCUUCUUUGCUAUCGCCACAGCUAUGGGUCUCUCAAGCGGUUACUUCUCGUCUGUUGCCAUGAUGUACUGCUCGACCACUGUGGAACCUCAAUACGCAACAACAGCAGGAAUGUUUGGCGCGGCAUUCCUAGUUACGGGUGUCUUCUCAGGUAUUGCCUUUUCUUGGCUGGUACCUUCAGCAGUGGCGUAUUUCGGAUAAUCGCGCAAACUGCAUUUAAAGGCUGCAUAGAUCUCACAAAAGCUCAGGAAAACAGGAGAAAGAGUAAGAAAGAACAAGAGAGAGAGAGAGAGAGAGAGAGAGAGAGAGAGAGAGAGAGAGAGAGAGAGAGAGAGAGAGAGAGAGAGAAAGUGAGAGAAAGAGAGAGAAAGAGAAAAAGAGAGAAUGCAUGUACCUCAUCAAAACUCGAGCUUCAAAAGGAAUGAACAGGAAAGGAAAAAUGACUAGUUCUUUGUUAUUUUGUAAAAUCCUGUUGUGCUGUUGUAUCGUGCUUGAACUGAUUUGUUGAAAAUUUGAUGUGCGAAUGAAUGAGAGAGCGACAGAGAGAGAGAGUGAGAGAGAGAGCGAAGCAUAAGUCUGAAAAAUCAUUG